AUGGCUGCCCUUUUCCGCUCUUCAGUUACUGCUACCAAGUUUGCUAGAUCAUUCUCUGUUUCUGCCGCUAGAUCUGAUCUCAACAAGAUCCAGUUGAUUGGUAGAAUUGGCGCUGACCCUACUGUCCAUGAGAUCAGCGAGAACAGCAAGGUUGUUAACUACACUGUUGCCACCUCAGAGACUCGACCUGACAAGGAGGGUAACUUGAUCAAGCGCACCCAAUGGCACCGUGUCAGCGCAUGGAAGGGCUCUGACUGGAUUGUCGAGAAGGUUAAGAAGGGCGAUCUUGUCUACGUUGAGGGUAAAUUGCGUUACAGCGAUUACACUGACCGUGAAGGUAUCCAGAGAACCAAGGCCGAAAUUAACCAAACCACACUCAAGGUUCUCACCCAGGGUCGUGGUCAUGGAGAAGAGGAGAUCGAAGAGUAAAGGAAGAGAGAAAGAAACUCUUUGUUUUUUAUAGCUCUAUAUACAUACAUAAAUACAUACAUAUGUAAGUAUGUAUGUAUUCUUUUUCUAUAUAGCAAUCUUACUCCCACCAAUAAUCAAAGAAGGCUAUGUAAACAAUGUUAUUUUUUUUUUACAUAUUAUUAUUAUCACCUAUUUUUUUUUACAAACGAC